AUGGUAAGUUCGGAGAUAGGUUUGAAAAAGAGGCCACCACUAGAAGUCUUUUCCGGGAAGUCUGAUGAAGCUUGGAUGGACAGUGAAUCACGGCCGCAGGAGCGGGGGAAAGGGCUGCGGGAGCUAAGAGCAGAGUUCAAACUGGUGUGGACCAAUGUGCAACCUGGUGACAGCGAAAGCUUAGCUCAGCUCAGCUCAAAGCUCAGAGCUCAGAGAAGGUCUAAAAAUCCAGGGUUUUUUAUAGGUGAAACUUAUGAGGACUUGCUAGACAAAGGUGCCCAAGAAUUGCGUUUAGUAAAUGCAUGGAACAGAUGUGCUGGAAGAAUAGAGAUAUUUUAUCAAGGAGCUUGGGGGACUGUUUGUGACGAUGACUUCUAUAUGGAGAGUGCGCAUGUAGUGUGCAGACAACUUGAGUGUGGGGAGGCAACCACGGUACUGGGAUGGUCUUACUUUGGCCGAGGAUCUGGAGAUAUAGUCCUGGAUGAUGUGAACUGUACAGGAAGCGAACCCUAUCUCUGGAAUUGUCAGCAUGCUGAGUGGCUCGUACAUGACUGUGGGCACAAUGAAGAUGUCAGUGUUAUCUGCUCAGAGAUCUUUCCUUUUUCCUUGCGACUGGUGGAUGGAGAGAACAGAUGCCAGGGCCGACUUGAAGUCUAUUACAAUGGGAGCUGGGGAACAGUCUGUGAUGAUGGUUGGGACAUCUAUGAUGCUGAGGUUGUGUGCAGGCAACUUGCUUGUGGAAAUGUCAUUGAAGCCCCAAUAGGGGCCCGAUUUCGUCAAGGUUCUGGCAGCAUCUUCCUGGAUGAUGUUCAGUGCAGAGGGAAUGAAACAUCUCUUGAAGAAUGUUCCCACAAGGGAUGGGGAGUCCAUAAUUGUCAUCACAAGGAAGAUGCCAGUGUUAUCUGCUCAGGUACUUCCAAGACCUUGCGACUGGUGGAUGGAGAGAACAGAUGCCAGGGCCGACUUGAAGUCUAUUACAAUGGGAGCUGGGGAACAGUCUGUGACGAUGGUUGGGACAUCUAUGAUGCUGAGGUUGUGUGCAGGCAACUUGCUUGUGGAAAUGUCAUUGAAGCCCCAAUAGGUGCCCAAUUUGGUCAAGGCUCUGGCAACAUUUUCCUGGAUGAUGUCCAGUGCAGAGGGAAUGAAACAUCUCUUGAAGAAUGUUCCCACAAGGGAUGGGGAAUCCAUAAUUGUCAUCACAAGGAAGAUGCCAGUGUUAUCUGCUCAGAAGUUUUCCCUUCUACUACUCAGCAGAAUCUUUUUACCUCUAAAACUUUCCUGUCAGCUAGGCAGCACAAUCUUCUUUCCUCUGAAGUUUUCCCAUCUACUACACAGCAGGAUCUUCUGUCCUCUGAAAGUUCUCUGCCGUCUACAGAGAAGAGUGGUACAACAGAGCAUUAUCCUUUGGCGACAUCAGCAAGUCCUUUGACCUUGCGACUGGUGAAUGGAGAGAACAGAUGUCAGGGUCGACUUGAAGUCUAUUACAAUGGGAGUUGGGGAACAGUCUGUGAUGAUAGUUGGGACAUCUAUGAUGCUGAGGUUGUGUGCAGGCAACUUGCUUGUGGAAAUGUCAUUGAAGCCCCAAUAGGUGCCCAAUUUGAUCAAGGUUCUGGCAGCAUCUUCCUGGAUGAUGUCCAGUGCAGAGGGAAUGAAACAUCUCUUGAAGAAUGCUCCCACAAGGAAUGGGGAGUCCAUAAUUGUCACCACAAGGAAGAUGCCAGUGUUAUCUGCUCAGGUAUUUCCAAGUAUCCUUUUUCCUUGCGACUGGUGGAUGGAGAGAACAGAUGUCAGGGUCGACUUGAAGUCUAUUACAAUGGGAGCUGGGGAACAGUCUGUGAUGAUGGUUGGGACAUCUAUGAUGCAGAGGUUGUGUGCAGGCAACUUGCUUGUGGAAAUGUUAUUGAAGCUCCAAUAGGUGCCCAAUUUGGUCAAGGCUUGGGGAAUAUCCUUUUGGAUGAUGUCCAGUGCAGAGGGAAUGAAUCAUCUCUUGAAGAAUGCCCCCACAAGGAAUGGGGAGUCCAUAAUUGUCACCACAAGGAAGAUGCCAGUGUUAUCUGCUCAGGAACAGUAUCCUCUACUACAGAGAAUCCCACUACAUGGCCAUCUGUGUUGGUUUACCAGUACCAACCAAAUGUUUCUCUCUUGACUUUCUAAGAUGGAGCAUUGCAAUUUGUCAAUGGAAGAAACAGAUGUGAGGGACGGAUUGAAGUGUUUCACAAUGGAAAGUGGGGGACAGUCUGUGAUGAUGAGUGGGACAUGAACGACGCUCAUGUUGCGUGCAGGCAGGCUGGAUGUGGAAAUGCAAUUGCAGCAGUCGGAAAAGCUCAGUUUGGUUAUGGCUCAGGCCCUAUUUUUCUGGAUGAUAUGACCUGCACUGGGAAUGAACUUAACCUGGAACAGUGCUCUCACAGAGGCUGGGGAGUACACAAUUGCAUCCAUAGAGAAGAUGCUGGUGUUGUCUGCUCAGGGGUUGUGAAACUAGUCAAUGGAAGCAACAGGUGUGAAGGACGACUGGAAGUAUUUUACAGAGGAAGAUGGGGGGCGGUCUGUGAUGAUGAAUGGGACAUGAAUGAGGCACGAGUUGUUUGCCAGCAGCUUGGAUGUGGAGAAGCUGUCUCAGCACCAGGAAAUGCUCAAUUUGGAGAGGGUCCAGGCAUAAUUUGGAUGGAUGAUGUAUCCUGCAGAGGAGAUGAGUCCAGCAUACAUCAGUGCUCCCAUAGAGGUUGGGGAAUACAUAACUGUCUCCGCAGUGAACAUGCUGGUGUCAUCUGUGCAGAAACGCCUCAAGAAACUCCAGCAGAAGGAGCACUGCAGCUUGUCAAUGGAAGAAACAGAUGCGAGGGGCGGCUUGAGAUUUUUCACAAUGGAAAGUGGGGGACUGUCUGUGAUGAUGAAUGGGACAUCAAUAAUGCCCAUGUUGUGUGA